CAAUAAUUUUUCCAGUCGGUUUUGGGAACAUUGAUUCCGUCGUGACGGAACUAACCUUCGGACGAAACUAACCUUGAAAAUACCUCCCUGUUUUGAUUUUACUUGGAAGGAGGUAGUUCAAUGUAGCAGGUUUAAUUAAUUAAGAAAGAAUGGGAUGCGACGACGACGAAACGCAUAAUAUCCAGUUUAAAAAGAAGAAGAAGACGAAAUCUUUAAGGAAACGCGAAACUUCUCGGUUUGAGCGGAGGAGAGAAAAUGUCUAAGUAGAAAGUCGAGGAAACAAAGAUUAUUCAGAAAUUCUGUGAGAGACUGGCUGGCGUCGAUAUUGUUGGUUUGGCGCUCGGAGAAAGCAUUGUAUCUGAUAUGUUUCGGAUCCCUUUAAUAUGAAAACCGGAGGAAAAUAUGGUUAUGCUGCAGAAUACAAAACAUAAAUUGAACGACGCAGACUGGCAUUGGAAUCCAAUUUAACGCAGAGACCAAUAAACGGGAUGAAGACGAAGAAAUGAUCAAGUAUGUAGAAGAAUUGUCAGAGCGGAAGAAUAAAAAUAACAAAUGCAGCAAAUAGUAUGAAUAAUGACAAGGGAUUAUAUUGCUUGCUGCUGUAUAGCGACUUUAUAGCAUGAAAGCUAUGUAUAAAUAAAUAUUUGAAUUAAUCUAUCUAUAUGCUAUAAUAUAAUAUUUUGAUGAAUUUUUUUAUCAAUUCUUGCUACUUUUAUAUUAUAGUAAGACUCAUAUUUCUGUAUGAUUUACGAAUUUUAAUAAAUUUUAAUAAAUAGGUACAUAUUUUAUUACAGAUGGCUAUAACAAUAUUUUUCUAAAUAUCAAAUAGAAAACAAGGAAUUUGAUUUUUGAAAUAUUUGAAGAAUUGAACUUUCCAUUGAUAUUAGGUAGAGAUUUCGUGGAAGUAGUUGUAUAAACAAAAUGGGUGUAGGAAACAGACUUCAUGGGAGUAGUUGUAUUUAAAAAAUGGGUGUAGGAAACAUAUGCAAGCUAAGUGAGAAAAUUUGAGGAGUGGUUUUGGCUGUGCAGGAAUGUCAGGCGAAUUACAUUGUUAACAGUAACUUAUUAAUUAAUAAGAUAUCUUACAACAUAUGCAUAAUAUUCAUCUCUCAUAAUUUGCACUUUUAUUUGUUUUUUAAUUUUGUUCUGUCGAUUAAUCAAUUCGUUGUUUUGUCAACUUUUUUUAGGUGGCUAGGGGGGAACUAGCGUAGCCACGAUGUCUCGGCCAAUGGGUAGCACACAGGAUAUGACAAAGAAAUUUUCCAAUACAGCAGAGACAAGACAGAGUAGACAGUGAAUGCAAGUGAAUGUUUUGUCAGCCACAUGUGAUGUGAGAGACUACGCGAACAUGUCGAAAAAUUCGGAUAACAACGUUGUCGCGAUGAAGCCGAUGGCUCUGGCUAUACCGCCAGAUUCUCCAAAGAAGCCAGUGAAAUCGACUGCAGUAGUGAAAUAUUCUACGGUCCAAACACCAGCGACGUAUGCUCAAUUGCAGUGUAACACGGACUUGAAUCUACCACCCAGCAACUGGCUCAGCAGUUCAGCCGAAAGUUAUGGUUUGCAAAAUGUCUGGUCGCAAAGUACAGGGUUCUCCAGCUUUCGUAUGGCGCACAUGUUUCCUGAUUGCGUUGGUGAAGUGGACGUGGUGUCGGACGCCGAGAAUAUAAAAAAAUUACUUAAACUGCCUUACAAUCACGACGUAAUUUCGAUGAUGGUACAUCGUAUCGAGAACACAUUGCUAUUGGAUGACUUUGACAUACACAAGUAUCUACUGAGACAAGCCGAAAGUGAGUGGGAGUGGCUGAAAAAAUUUUUCUACGAGCACAUUUUUCAAAGUCUCGGCGACAAAGAGAAGCGUCUCUUUCACAAGGCGUAUAGUAGAAACAGUUUGCAGCAGAGGAACCUGGUGUCGAAGUUUCUAUAUCACUCUAUAGUGGUGGCGGACAAAAACAAGCAGGACGAGCAACAGUUACCUCAGUUACCUGUAAAGACAUUGGAGCCAUGUCUGCCCGAGCCAACGCAAGAGGAGAAAGUACCUGAUCCGAAUUACAAUCACAACUUCGCGAGGAACGUUGUGUGGACGUUCGAGAACAUACAGAUGCUUGUCGGAACGGACAUGCCGAUAUUCGGCGGUCAGACGCAUCCGUGCAUAAGUCUACGGUUGAGAGACAUGACGAAGCCUAUCAAUGUUCUAACAGGGAUAGACUAUUGGCUCGAUAAUUUGAUGUGCAACGUUCCAGAAGUGGUGAUGUGUUACCACUUAAAUGGUAUUGUACAAAAAUAUGAACUGAUAAAGACAGAAGAUCUUCCAAAUUUAGAUAACUCAAAGUUUAGUCCUAAAGUUAUUCGAGAUGUUGCUCAAAACAUUUUGAGCUUUCUGAAAAACAACGCGACAAAAGCUGGUCAUACUUAUUGGCUAUUUAAGGGUAAGGAUGACGAUGUUGUGAAGCUAUAUGAUUUGACGUCAUUGUGUAAUGAUGCUUUGGAAGAGAAGGGACAAAAUCCUUUUACCGUACCUGUUGCAAUGCUGUUAUACAGAGUAGCUCGCAACAUGAAAUAUUCUCCCGAUUGCCACCGUCAUCAGGGUACAAUCAGGAUGCUGCUGAAAAAUUGUGUCCAGUUGCUGGCUAAAGAAAAAUAUCCGCAGAUAGUUACGUCCGCGCACUUUAUGCUUUCGGAUUUGUAUAUACCGUCAGAUACGGAUCCAGCCAGUCCAGGAUUAUCGGAUCAAAGUGAUGAGGAGGACGUUCAAAGUGAGUGUGGUACAGGUCAAGAAAACGAAAAGGAGGAAGCGGAGGAGGAGGAGGAAGCUUGCGCGAUCAAGUCUUUGACCUUAGCCAACAUGAAAGAACAAGUCGAACGUGAGCAGCCAAAGUACAAAGCACCUCCAAUGUCGGGUACUGUAGAAGAGAGAUGUUUGUCUGGAUUAGAACACGUCACGCAUGGACUCGAGUGUCUUCAGUAUUUUCCGACCGACGACAGCAGUGACGAGGAACGAAAGAAGACGGAGGAAUGUGAGAAGCAGAGACGCCAAUACGAGGAGAUGCAUCCAAAUGUGGCAAAACCUUUCCAAGCGAUUCCCAUGCCUUACACCCCAUUGAAUCAAGACAAAAAUGCCACCUGUGAAAAAAAUUCGGAGAAUCACAGUCCUGCGCAUAAAAAGAAAAACAAACAGAGGAAGAAAAAGAGUGAGAAGAACGUUACGAAGGAAAUAGAAGUAGCGAAUGUGAACGCUUUGUUGUGUAAACCAAAAACGGAAACAUUGCCGACGUGGCAGGCGCCGAAAAAAAGCGACAAUAGGAGCUGGAGCGCUCAUUUGAAAACGUUGUUGUAUGAGAAAGCGUCCUUGAUAUUCGCCGUCCUCGCCGAGAAAGAAUACGUAAAUAAAAAUUACGGCGCAUCCUUAAGAUAUAUGCUGGAAGUACUGCAUUGCCAGAAGAUAUUGGAAAUCUUUUGUAAUCAAAGAAACGACAAGUCGCUUAGUUAUUUAUUAGGUCGCGCGGGAGAUUGCUGCUUUAUGAUAGUGCAAGACUGGAGCAACGUUGACAAGCAUAGGAAAGAUUAUGAUACGAAGACUGAAAUGGAGGAAAAAAUAGUUGAAGAAUUGUUCAGCGGGGAGGACCUGGAUAUGAGUAAAUAUCAAAAUACAUCUUGCAAUGAAAAUGGUAUAUCAACGAUCAUUACUAAUGCGUAUUUUAUUACAGAUGGUGCUGAAUUAUUGCCAAGGAAUUUAGAAAGUUUAGAAUCUACUUUAGUUUCGUCAUAUAAAUGUUACGAAAAAGCAUUGUCGUUAGAGCCGAUAGAUAUGGACAAAAAUAACUUGUUGAGACGAUUGGGGAAUAUUCAUAACGAAUUAGGUGUCCUUUAUAUGAAUCAAGCGGGAUCUCGAUAUCAGCAAGAGAAUCAAACGGACGAAUUGUCGAGUUUAUCGGAUGUGACUACGCUUCUAACGCGUUCGAUGACUCACUUGGAGUCCGGCGUUAAAGCCUUCGAGACUGUCCACGACGAAGCGAAUCUGGCGCUUUUGCACUCUAAUACCGGCCGACUUAUGCGACUCUGCGCGCACAUGCAUGGCAAACAGAACAUGCAGGAGCGUCACUUUUAUAACAAGGCACUCGUGAGCUAUCAGAAGGCUUUGCAGGUCUUAGGUGAUAAGGAAACGAAUCCGGCAAUAUGGGACACAAUCAUGUGGGAUUUUUCGACAACAUUGUACACGAAAGCUACGAUAAUGCAAGAUUAUCCUACGACUGAAUACAAGAAUGAAGAGGAGUUGGAGAGAGAAGUAGUAGACACUCUCCAGAAAGCACUCAAACAUUGCGAUAUAGACACGCCGGGCUCACGUCAACCAGUUUAUCAAUUCCGCGCCGCGACCAUUCAACAUCGAUUGGCUUCGUUAUACCAUCGCGUGUACAGAGAAAUCGAGUCGGACGCGGAUAGUAGCAAGAAAAAGACGAGUUUGCAGUUGUGCAAAUUGUAUUACGAUAAAGCGGCAAAGCUGUUGCUCUCGUUAGAGCAGAGCACGGAAUAUUUGACAGUUCAAAUGGAAAGAGUCGCCCUGGCGGAAUAUCAAGCGCGUAAUAGUACUACUUUCAACAAUAAGUUAAAAGCAUAUCAAAAUGGUUUGGAGUUAAUUUUACAAUGCAUGCCUAUUAUGGAAAUACUGUGCGAACGAAGUAAUGCGACGAGACAGAAGACAGUCGACAAAACAGAAGAUGAUAACGUUGAACGUGAGAAAGUGACUGAGGAACAAAAAUUAAUAGAUGAUGAAGAAAAUCUUGUCGUUCUGUUAGAACAAAGAUUACAGUUUCUUUUACGAUCAUUAACCAAGUUACUUUUGAGUAAAAGUCCUGUGCACAACAAAAAAGAGCAUGAGACGCUUGCAAAUGUGUACAAACAGUGUUAUGUUCGAACGUUACGACCAAACACAAUAUCCGGAUUUACUUUGGUAAAACACAUAACACAACUUUUACAAGAACUCACUCAUAUGUUAAAACAAAUAGAGUCUUAAAGUUUAAAUAAAUACUAUGUACAGUUAGUAACUUAACAAAAUGUAUAUAUAUGAUAUAAAGCGACCCCUAGAUGGUCAAUGUUAUCGUAUAUUAUUGAUUAUCUGGAGGAGAUAGUAGUAAUUUUGAAGUAUUCAGAACAGAAUUUUCCAAACCGCAAUUCAUUUUUUAAAACUACAAACAUCCACGAUACCAUCUAACUUUAAUAGAUAUGAAAAAUGAAUCAUUUAUAUGUAAAUUGAUUAUUCAUUUACACUACUUUUUAAUAUCCUUUACUUUUCUUCUAUUUUUUAGUUUUUUUACUUUAAAUAUAAUUCUUUUUUUUUUCUCUAAUAUGUAAUAUAGUAUAAUAAUAUGAAGGAUGUACUUGUUUCUUGUUUCUAACGAUUUUAAUGACAUUGAUGUAAAUCGUUGUUAUGCGUAAGGAAUUUAUUAAUUGUAAUUUAUUUCGAAAUACAGUUUUGAUUUUUAUCACAAUUGAAAAAUUGUUUACAACUUACCAAAAAUCGAUUCACUAAUAGAUGAAUCAAUUUUUGGUAUCCCAUAUUUUGAGAAUCGUUGAUCUAGAGAAAUACUGUACAAUAUAAUUAUACAUUAUUGUUGAUAGUCUAGAGGGCCAAGAGUUGUUUUUCAAAAAGAUCAACAGCUAUGUUUUUUAAACUUUGAAAAUUAUAUAAUGCGUGUAUAAAGAAAAUAAAGUGUAACAUUAUUUUUAUUGUUA